AGCACUGAAACCUUAGAAACAACCACAGCGAUGGAGGACACACACCCAUUUGAGCGAUUCAUAGAUUUUUACUUUGAGCUUGGACUAAACUAUAAAGACAUUAAAACUGUGCUUUGCAUUAGACACAGUUUUCAUAUAAGCGAAAGACAUCUGAAGAGAGUUCUUAGCGCAAGGGGACACACUCGCCACAAAGCGUACUCUGACCUGGCCGUCUUGGUUGAAUUUAUAGACAACCAAUUGCAGUACUCUGGGCAGCUUCACGGAUACCGAUGGAUGUACGCUAAAUGCAGGGAACAUGGACUACGCGUGAGGAAAGAGGAUGUGCGCUUGGUUUUGAAGGAGCUGGAUCCCCGAGGCGUCGCACUGAGGCAAGCAGUACGUUUCAGGCGGAGGAACUAUUUUUCAAAAGGGCCGAAUUUCAUCUGGCACAUGGACUCCUACGACAAACUGAAGCCAUAUGGCAUCUGUAUCAAUGGUAGUAUUGACGGUUUCUCGAGAAAAAUAAUCUGGCUUAAUGCAUACACAACAAAUAGUAAUCCGAAAGUGAUCGGGGGGUAUUACAUAGAAGCGGUGCAGCGUUUAAAGGGCUGCCCUAGAGUUGUGAGGGGCGAUCUUGGAACUGAAAAUGGCCAUGUUAGAGGCUUUCAGCGUUUCCUUGUGCCCGUGGCUCCUAACGACACCCCUGAGAGUUACUUGGAGGGAGCAAGUACCGCCAAUCAAAGGAUUGAAUACUGGUGGCGUUUUCUUCGCAGCCAGUGUCUGGAGUUCUGGUUAUCCUUAUUUGCAGACAUCAGAGACAACGGGUACUUUGAUGGUGGGUUUCUGGACAAAAACCUCCUUCAGUUUUGUUGCAUGGGACUCAUCCAGGAUGAGCUGGAUGACACUGCACAGGUUUGGAAUACACACUCCAUCAGGCCAUCAGCAAACAUCAAUAUCCCCAGUGGUCGACCUAAUGUAAUGUAUACAUUACCUGAGCUCUACGGGACAAGAGACUUCCUUUGCCCCACUGAAGAAGAACAUGUUGAAAUGUGUAAAACUGAGUGUGUUUUUCGACUGACCAAACCAUGUGACCCCGAUGUAUAUGAACUGUGCAAUAUCAUCAUGACUGAGUAA